UGCUUGAAAUUAACUUCAAUCCUUUAUUCUUACUCUGAGUAUGACAAAUAACGAGUAAAACAACAGCUGAUAAAAAUACUAAUAUUUUUGUUAUGUCAAGAGUAUUAAACCAACUAAAAGAUUUUUGAUAAGGAUUUUUACAGUGUUUGUGGAGCGCAAAGAUUUUUUUUGAAAUUCUCCAAUUCUAAAAUAAUUUCAAAAUGGACAUAAAUUGUCCAAUAUGUUCAGAUAAUUUUAAUGUUGUUGCAGAUGUAAGAUCAACACUUUGUGGACACGUAUUUCAUUAUGAUUGUAUCACAUCAUGGUUGGAAAGAUCAUCUUCGUGUCCUCAAUGCAGAAAACAAGUGGCAGUUUUUAACUUGCAUAGAAUUUUUUUAAAUUUUGAAAAUGAAAAUGAAUAUCAUCACAAUCGGGAGUGUGAUGCAGAAAACUUGAGAAAACAUUUGGAAACUUUACAAUUAGAAAAUGAUUCCUUAAGGAAUGAAAAUCGUACAAUAACAGAGAAUUUCGAAGAACUCCAAGUGAUUAAUAUGUCUUUGGAAGAAAUGAAGGAGAACGCACCUAAUCUUGAUGCUGAACAAUUAAAUAAACAGUUGCAGUAUGCUUUAGGACAGAACCUAGUAUUGGAAACUGACUUAAUAGUAUGCAAAAAUGAAUUAGCCGAAAUGAAAAUGAAAAAUUUAACUCUUACUGAAGAAACUUUACCUAGUGCAAAAAAGCUGAUCGAUAGUUUACAAAAGCAAUUAGAAAAAUUGAGCGUGAUGGGGUUAAGUAGUGAAUCAGAUGAGAGUGUGAUUUCACGAGAAAAUAGUAUUGAAGGUGUGAAUCGUGCAGACAUCACUAAUCUGCAUGAUGUAGGUUGUAGAUCUGAAAAAUCACAAUUUAGGAAACGAAUAAACAAUUUAAAGAAGUCAACUUUCUUUAAACAUAAUCGUAAUGCUACAAAUUCCGACGUAGACCUUUUACAUGGUCUUGAUGCAGAGGACGAAGAGAAAGCUUUCGAAAAUUUAAUAAAGCACAUAAGAAUUCAAGAAGAAACAUAAAAGUUAAUUCUUCAAAUUCGUUCAGUUUUAGAUUUUCUGUUACAAAUACGUUAUCUUAUUCUAAAAAAUGUUUUAUUGCAUAAAUACAUAAUAUGUACAUAUUUUUAUACAAAUUAAGAUUUUUAUAAUACUUUAUAAAAUUAAAGAAAGUUAUUAAU